AUGAUGAUUGCAAAGGAAUAUAGUACAGAAGUCUGUGGCAAGACAGCGAUUUGUACUUGUAUCUUGAAACUUCUUAAACAAGAUUUUUAUUUUGGAUUGUUCAUAGGCUCAUCUAAUGGAUGUGAGAGAACUUCUUUUGCAUUUUUGCGACAAGAACUUCCUGUGAGGUUUGCAAACAUACUGAGAGAAAUUGAUCUUCUUCCUGAUAAAUUACUAGGCGUUCCGUCAGUACAAUUAGUAAAAAGCUGGUACAUCCAAAGCCUAAAGGAGCUGGUUGAGUUCCAUCAGAAAAGCCCAGAUGACCAAAAAGUCUUAUCUGACUUUAUAGAUACAUUAAUUAGAGUCCGAAACAGACAUCAUGAUGUGGUUCCUACAAUGGCACAAGGAGUAAUUGAAUACAAAGACACUUUUAAAGUAGAUCCUGUCACCAAUCAAAACAUUCAGUAUUUUUUGGAUCGUUUUUACAUGAGCCGUAUUUCCACCCGGAUGCUAAUGAACCAACACACCCUUCUUUUUGAUGAUAAAUCUGGCUCAGGGCACCCAAGGCACAUUGGAAGUAUUGAUCCUUGCUGUGAUGUUGUUGAAGUAGUGAAUGAUGCUUUUGAAAGUUCCAAGAUGUUGUGUGACCAGUAUUACUUAACAUCUCCAGAACUGAAACUUACUCAAGUGAAUGGAAAACUUCCAGGAGAGCCAAUUAACAUUGUAUAUGUUCCAUCUCAUCUUUUUCACAUGCUUUUUGAGCUCUUUAAGAAUUCGAUGAGGGCAACUGUUGAAUUCCAAGAAAACAGUCCUUCUCUUCAUCCAAUUGAAGUGACAGUUGUUCUAGGUCAAGAAGACCUGGCAAUUAAGAUCUCAGACAGAGGAGGUGGUGUUCCAGUAAGGAAAAUUGAGCAGCUGUUUAGCUACAUGUAUUCCACAGCACCAAUGCCAAGGAUGGAUGAUGCUCGAAAUACCCCUCUUGCUGGCUUUGGGUAUGGCUUGCCAAUUUCACGUCUGUAUGCUAAAUACUUUCAAGGAGAUCUAAAUCUCUACUCCGUAUGUGGUUAUGGAACAGAUGCUAUUAUCUACUUGAAGGCCCUAUCAACAGAAUCAGUAGAAAAACUCCCAGUUUUUAAUAAAUCAGCUUUCAAGCAUUACCAAGCUACCUCAGAGGCAGAUGACUGGUGUGUCCCAAGUAAAGGCCCAAAGAAUGUAUCAAAGCAGAGUGCAGCUCUCUGAAGAGAAGUUGGUAUCCAGGCACCCAAGGGGAUCAAGCUGGCUUCUCAAAAAAGACUAGCGUUUGGAAGUAUUCAUCUUCCUCCAAACAAACAAAUUCUUCAGUUUCAGGUCUGGCAGAAGAGAAAGAAGAUAGGGAUGUUAAAGCCUGGGCUGUAUGCACUGAAUGUGAAAUCUUGCUGUGGACUUCAGGAUGAGGAAAAUAGGAGCACAUACAUCUUUAAAGAAGAGAUGUCUAUAGAGGAAAAUGAGACUUUUUUUUUCUUUUCUUAUGAUCAAAGACUUGAUGUGGUAGAGGUGUGCAAUUUUUGAGUCCUGUUUAAUGCUUGAAUACUGAUAAAUGUCGGUUAUGCUGGUGUAUAUUCUCCUAGAAUAGUUAUCAGCAGUUCAUCUUAUUACAGAACUUCUCAGGUAGAUAGAUAACACUUGUACUUUAAAGCUGCAUUUAUAACAUUUGGAAAAGAUCCACUUAACAUGGCAGUCUUGUAGCAAGAUACAAACAGCAUUCAGAUACAGCCUGACUGAGAGGGAGGGAGCCCUGGGAGGUAGGGAGAAAGUGUUUUCUGUAUAUAAGGAAGUCCCGUUUUAAAAAAAAAAGACUGUAUUCCAGUAAUAAUUCUUAUGUGAUGCCUUGCUCUGUGAGUUACAUUGCUAGAUUUUUUUAUGUUAAGCUCUUCAUGGAAAAACUAGCCAAGUGAGGCUCCUAUGCAUAAGGUAACUAAGAAGGAAAUUGAGAUAUUUUAGAAAGCUACUGCAAAGAAAUGGAAAGCUACUUGGUUAUAGCAGCUGUAAGGUUAGGCUACAUCUAGCCUACAUCCCUGCACUCC